AUGAAAAGGAACCAAACUGCAGCAGCAUUACUGAUCGUAGUAGGUCUUCUGAUCAUUCGAAACGCUAAUUUCAGUGCUGAAAUUUCUAAUUUGUUGCGGAGCGGAAAUGAUGCUGAUCGUAAUAAUUUCGGCGUUCGGUCAGAACCACCGACGAACGAUGAUACCUUGAAUAAAAAUUCACUGAAUAAUGCACACACAGAACAAACGAUACAACUUCCAAGUGCGCAAUCUGUAAUACCUGACCAAUCGUCAGGGAAGGGCUUCAAGGGGGAAAAGAUUCGAGACUUCUCAAGUCCAAGGGCAGAGCUAAGAAAGGCAAGCGAUUCCAACGAAUCGUUGCCUUGGGAGAACGACUUCAAGGCCAAAUGUAUCAAGUGGGGUGUAGUGACUACCAUCUUUGAUCCCACGGAAGCUAUAUCGAGAGUCUCAAACUUGCCCGAAUGGUGUUUAGUUGUGGUGGCAGAUACCAAAACACCUACCAACUAUAUGGAAGCCUUUGAAACAAUGGGUGGAGCGACGGAAGUCACCUUCUUUUUUUCAUCGGAACUUCAAAAUACAUGGGAACACCUGGAUGGGCCAAUAGGUGACUUUGUGCGCACUAUGCCCUUGGGGCACGUUGGACGAAAGAAUUUGGGGUAUCUGUUUGCGAUUCUGCAUGGCGCCGAUUUCUUGUUUGAUUUUGACGACGCCAAAUUCAUCAAAGUGGACGAGGUGACAGGCAAGCCUGUUGAAAUUCUUCCAUCAAUAGAAACAAUCGACAAUGUGGCUAUAGCGAUAUCUGGGCCAUUAGCGUUCAACCCUUAUCCAAUGAUGAAUAUGUCAGUUCCAGCUCCAUCUUGGGCCCGUGGUUUUCCUUUGCAAUAUAUAAAUGACACUGCAACUCAAGGACGGGCAUUCUUUCAGCAGUCGAUGCCAUUUGUUUCCAAAUCGCACUCCAUCGGUGUGAUUCAGUUCUUAGUCGAUGGUAAUCCUGAUGUCGACACCAACCAUCGAAUGAUGCAUCCAUUACCAAUGACAUUCGACAACAGUGAAAAUGCAACAAAUGUCCUGGUUCCAAAGCAUGCGUAUUGCCCAUACAAUGCUCAAGCUACAAUUCAUACACAGCCUGCCCUUUGGGCUACCUUACUUCCUACAACAGUCCCACAUCGUGUCUCAGAUAUUUGGCGGUCGUACUUUGCUCAGUGCAUCUUUGCCGACUCGAACCUUCGGCUGGUGUUCGCGCCUCCAAAGAUUGAACAACAAAUACCAACCGAGCGUGACAUUUUGGCUGACUCUUCUGCCGAAAAUGACCUGAACAUUAAAAGUGGAAAAUUGAUUCAUUUUUUGUCCACUUGGGACUCUGAGCACCUCCAUUUUCCCGAGCGAGUGGAGCAGCUAUGGAUUGAUCUGUACGAACGAUCAUAUAUUGAGCUCGACGAUGUUGUGGCAAUGCAAAAGUGGCUCAAAGCGUUGGUUGCAAUGGACUACCAGUUUCCCGACCUGAAGCCUAGAUUCCGUAACGUUGCCAUGAUGGGUCAAUUUAAUGAUGCACACUCUCAUAUUGCAACGACUCAAAUAAUGAUUUGGAGUCAGAAGCAAAGAGAGCGGUUCCAAAUUGCAAUUGCAGCGGCUCCAGUCGAGAAAGCUCAACUAGCGUACUUAGAGGCCCAGCACAUAGAGGUUCUACAAUCUUACCAAUUGAAACCUAUUGGGAUUGGUGCUUUGUGUUGCAAAAAGUUGAGUUUUGAGUGUUGUGACGACAUGGGUUACUACAACCCGAUGAGCAACUUGAUGAGAACUUUGCUGCGCUUUGGAAACUCUUCGACGAUUGAGGCAGUACUUUAUGCCCACGAUGAUGCCCUGUUGAACCUAACCGAGCUAUCGGAAGGUAGGUAUCCUUUCCCAACCGACAAGAUUAUUGCCAAUCGACAACUAUCGGAGGUUGACAAUGUCGAGUACGUUGAUUUAAGGACCAUACCUGACAGAGCGAAAGCACAGAGAUUUUCCCAUCGCGUUUUCCCGAAUGGCACAGUAUCUGAUGUAGACAAGACUAUUUUUGUGAAUAAUUCAAGCGAGUUAAGCAAGAAAAUCCCAAAAUUGCAUGACAAAUGGGAACGAUGGGGGCAUACAUACUGUGCACCAGCGCAACAGCAAAUGGCAAUGGACCCUGAAUUUGCAAAAUAUCUUGACCCAGAUGGUUCGGCAUGGUUUCCGUUUCACACACAAUCUGACUUUCUCAUGGUACCAACAAAAUAUGCCGAACCUUUCGCAGAGGCUGUAAACAUACACCUAAAAUACCUUGUUUGGUUAGAGUGUGCGAUUGGUAAGAUAGUGGAUAUUCUUCAGCAGCAGCUGCAAGCACCCACCCGGCUCGUGUAUCUUUGCACAAAAUUCAAGAGCAAAUAUCGAGGCUGGUUUUCACCAAUUUAUGACUGCAAUAAGUCCAAUGAUACCAUAGCUGUUUUCCAUCCCCUCAAGUGGAGAAAGCGAUUCGACGUUUUUUGGGAGAACUCCGACCUUAUUAAUUUUCCGCUGGAGGCACAAUAG